AUGCCCCCUAAGCCAGCCCCUGGGAAAAAGGGAAAGGAUGAUCUAGAAGACUAUACCGAUGUUCACACACUACCGCCAGUAAAUACUGUCAACUCUACAAUCUUGCUAAGAACCCUAUUUUCAACAUAAACGAGAGACAAGUUAUAAAAAGCUUUAAUUGAAAAGCUUCCCUUAGAUUAGAAGAUCAAACUAAUAACAAGAGAAGAGCUUAUUGCAUAUGCUAAGACUAGACAAAUCAUAGUAGAACCUAAUGUCCUAGCAACUCUUCCACCAGAUGACCCAAGAGUCAAAAUGACUGAAGCAGAGCAACUUGCUAAAGCAGCUUGUGACAAAGUAUUUGAGCUUUCAGUUGCUGCAAGAAGAGCUAAGAAAGAGAGAAUUCAAAAAUUAGAGGAAGAGGCUAAAUUGUAACAGCAAACUGUCGAUGUCAAAGCACUUGAAUAAGACCUUGAGCAGCUAGACUAGAUCUACAAUUUCAUUGAUUACCCAAUCAAUAAAGCUGAGGCACUUGCUAUGGCUAAGUAUAAUUUCACAAUCAACUGUGUUAUUGAUGUGAAACAAGUCAUGAAGGAAGCUGAAACUGAAGAAGAGGAGGAAGAAUUAUCUACUUAGGAGCAAAAACCUUAAAAUAUAGCUGAUAGUUCAGACUAUGAUAUGCAUGUUAAGUUCACCGAAAGACUUAACUAGCUAAUUGAGGCAAGAGCUGCUUCAGCUAGAAAUUCCCCACUAAGAUUUUUGUACAUUAGUGAAUUUGAUUUCAUUAAUGUGCCCUAAGUGACUACGAGAACUAACGAGUCAGGAGAAGAAGUUGAAGACAAGAAGGAGCCAGAGAUUUAACUUGUUCAUUAACUUUCUAUCAAAUUGGAAUACUAUGGUAUUCUACUCUCUAAGUACUAAAAAUUUAGAGAGAGAGUACCUUUGAUUCCUCUCAUGCCAGAUAAAGAAGCAUUGACUAUGAUUGAACAUCUGAAAGAAUAGCAGGAAGAAUAUCAAAUAUGGCUUCAAGAGUCCGAACAUCAACUAAACUUAAAUCAAAGUCAAAAGUCACUUAAUGAGGGCAAUCAAGAUGACUCAACUAUGAAAGAGCAGAGAAAGUAAGAUUUAGAAGCAGAGAAGUAACUAAGAGCUUAAGAAGAGGAAGAUAGAAAAAGAAAAAUCUAAGAGUUAAGAUAAAAUCUCAAAGUCAGUUUGGAUGAUGUAAGGCCAUAAAAUUUCUUCAAUAACAACAUCUAUAAAAGAGACUUUGUAUCAAAUAAAGAGUCUUAGAACUGUAUAUCAGCAAUUAUGUCUGCAAUGGUAUCAUAAAUUGCAAACGGAGAGACUCAACUUUAAACUAACUUAACCCAAGAAGACGAGAAUGAUGGUUCAACUGAAGCAGAAACAAUUGAUGAUCUUUUUGAUAACUUUAAGACUGAACUUGAAUAUGAUUUAAAGAUUGUAAAGAGACCUCAAACCAAUAUGACUGAUAGAAGAGACAAUGAUACUGCAUCCCUUUCAAAUUACAGAUAACGCAAGUAGGGAACUCAAGCAUUUGCCUCGUAAAAUACUAUAAUUGGUGAUGUAGAAUAUCACGAGGAGAGCGAUAAGAGCAAGUAGCCUCUAUUUAAACUUCCUAAGCAAGUCUCUUACAAUGAAGAGGAAAAGGCAGAAGAUAUUUGUAUCAGAGAGAAGAAAUUAUACAAUAAUCUAGUUCUACCAGGCUUGAAUAGACAUCUAAUGCCUUAAGUUCCUUCUAAAUCUGAGAGAAUUAGAAAGGCUGAAAUGCCAUAGCUCUAUCCUUUCAGUACUUUGCCAGUUGAAGAUGCUGAGAGAGCAUUAAUUCUCAGAACAUUCUAGGAAAUGAUGAAGGCCAACUAAAUUGAUGAAGGUUAAUCUUUUGAAAAUAAGCAUACUAAAUACAAAGCAUUCGAAAGAAGCUUCGAAUAACACAUGCAUCCAGAAAUUUUGAGAUAAGUCUUGGCUGAAGCAUUACUCAAGGAACCUGAUAUUUCAUCAAUGUAUUAUCCAAGAAGCGAUAAACUGCUUUUAGCACUCUAUAACAAAAUUAAAAACACUUCUGGCAAUACUGAUGAACCAGAUAAUCAAAGAAAUUGGAGAGCAGCAUAUAGAGUUAUGCCAGAUUUUGAGAACUGGGUGAAAUUCUUUUCUGAGGAUUUAGUUGUCCCAAUUUCCUAAAAUGCAAAGGAUAGUACUGCAAAUCUUAAGUAUUAAAUAGACGAGGAGAUGAUUCCGGAUUAAAUGCUAGAUGUUGAUGACUAAAGAAUUUAGAAUAUUCAGGAGAACAGUCAAUUGUAUUAUCCAAAGGAUGGCUCAACAAUGAAGGUAGACACGUUUACAGCAAGUGGUCAUACAAAUAAGAAGUCGGUUGUUUUCAAGGACAAUCUUAGCUUUGGAUUAAGACAAUCAAAACCUGAAGAACCAGUUUAAGAGGAAGAAGAAAAGGAAUACGGGUUAUAUACUAUUAAAAGACAAGGGGGAGUAGAGUUUUGGAUGAACUUUGAAAAUGACACUAAGCUUUUAGUUGAGGCCGUAAAGUAUGAGAGAAAUCCAUAAAAAUUGAUUAGAAUCGACCCUCCAAAACCCACUGCAGAAGAAAUUGCUGCUAGAGAAGAGGCAAUUAAAUAAGCUCAAGCAGCAGCAGCUAAAAACAAAGGAAAAGGAGCUCCACCACCCGUAAUCGAGGAAUAUAAGGAGCCAGAGCCAACUUGGGAACCAGAGCCUCUAGAUUUCUUAGACAGCUAAUUCACUUCUGAAUUCCUGCACUCUGAAGAUCCAUUCGCUUAAAUUACAAUUACACUCUAAAAUGGAUUGCUCGUGAAGUUCCUCUGUAAUGGAGAUAUUGUUCAACAGACUGAGGACCAAAUAUUCAAUCAAUCAAUCGAAGAAAAAGAUAGAGUUAUUAUUGCUAAGUCAGGAGUUGUAGUCAGACAUUUCAGAAAUAGAGAUGCUGAGGUUCUCUUUCCAAACGGUGAAACUGCAUUCUUCAGCAAAAAAGAGAUGAUGUGGACCUUAACUAACAAUAAGGGCAGAAGAGUUGCAAAGAAAGCUGGAAUAAGCUGGGACAUUGAUCCAAUUCCAUGUGCAACUGAAACUGAUGCAGUUUCAAAUGCAAGAAUGAUGAUCAGAGAAGACAAGGUUAUGACUAUAUAAUUUGCAGAUGGGUCGCUUUACUGCCAACACUCAGAUGGAACCCUAAUGAAAACUGAUAAAGAGGGUAAAGAGAUUAGAAUUGAGAAAGAAGGAUUCGCACCUGUUAUUGCCAGAAGAGAUGCUAAUAAGGAUUUGACUGAGAUGAGAGUUUUAAAUGAAGGUGCUUCAAGGAUGGAGAUGUUUAACUCCCUUGAUAGAAUCGUAAAAGGUUACUUAAUGGAGACACAUCUACCAGAUGGUACCAUAGUUGAGACUUUCCAUGACACUAAUGUCUUUUCCUAAUCAAUAGUUGUGAGACAUCUUCUCAAGAGACCAGACUACUCAGUGAUUUCUGUUGAUUCUUAAGGAAAUGUAGACAUUAUGUCUUCUAAUGCUAGAAGUGCAUAUAAUGAGGCUAAUGGAAAAAGAGCAAUGGGAUAAGAUUUUGACUACUUGAAAGCAUUCUAUAGCAGGCUAGGUAGUUUCAAUUAUUUUGGAGCUUACCAUGCUAACUUAUUUACUAAUAACUGGAUGAAUAAACCAAGUCUCUUUACUGUAGAUGAGACUUAUCAAUUUUAGUAUGUAAUCGAUGGAGAUUUUGGCAUUUAUAAGUUGCAAAAUCCCUAUCUAGGUUAUGAACAGCUUCCUCCGGAAAUUGAAUCUUACACCCAUAGAUCAAACUAGAUGAAGACUGACAAUGGUUAUGAGCUGGAGGAUGUAGGUGGUUAUAGAAACCCUCUUACUAAGUAUUUCUUAUUGCCAAGAUUAUUUGUGAUCAAUGAAGAUGGCAGUGGACAUGAGCUCUUAACUAAAGAGCAAUUGGAGUACUACUUUAGAAUAGCAAAGCAUAGAAUUGAGGCAAUCAAGUAGAGAAAGACAGUAAUGGUUGGAAAUACUAUUGCAAAGACUCAUUACUUUGUGACUAAAGUAAAGAAUCUUCAAGACUUUGAAAUUGAAAAUUAGCAAUUAAAGAAUCUUAAUUUCCCAAAGAAUGCACAGUACGCACUUUUGCACAACAAGCCAAAGCCCACUUAAAUUUAAGAUGGAUCAAGGUUCACAGACAGAAGAUAAGCCCCAAGUCAAUUUAUUUUCAGAUAAAUCUUUGAGUUCCAAGAGUUCGAAGCCUUUAAGCAAGAAGCAUUCUAUGAUGACUUUGACAGAUUCAGGCAAUGGAGAAUGAGUCAAGUGAGAUAUGACUCUGAAUUCGGCAUCACUCAUGUCCCACUUAAAGACUAGGUACUUGACCAUCACAAGAUUGAAGAUGAUGAAUAUCAUUCUAGAAGAAUCAGUUAAAAGAUUAUGAAGGAGAGGAGAAAUAAGAGAGCUAAGUUUGAGCCAGAUAAUUUCAAGAGAGAUUUCAUCAACUCAACCAGCCAUGAUGAGGAAUUUAACUAGUUCUUCAGAAGAGGAAACUCUAUGUUAGACAGAGAUUUCAGUGAGGGACCUUAUAACAGAAACAACAACAAUGUAGAUCAGUCCUAGAGCUACAAUCAUCAGCAGUACAAUCAGCAUCACAUGCUUCAAGAAAGCGUCAAUUAAGAGAAAAUCAGGAACAUCAAGAAAAAGCAAGAAAUUAACAUUCAGAACUAACUCCAGGAUAUUAGAAGAAUGAUUAAUACCCCCACUUUUAUGCCAUCUUACUUUCAAAGCAAAGAAGGAUAAUAAUUCACUAAGGUAAACUAAUAAUUAAUCUAAAUAUCUAAAUGUAGAACAAUCCAUAGAAGCCGCCUUCUCAAGAACUAAUAAUGA